GUCAUGUAUGCCACCUAUGGGUUAGUGUUUGUAAAUUGUAUGCAAUGUUUAUAUUGUAAUAAAAAUGUUUGAUUUGUUUUGUUGAACACGUGUUUGUAUUCAUUCACUAAUUGUCACUUUAUUUGAUCCCAUUUUUGUUUGAUUGAUAUAAACUUCGAUAUUAUUGCUUAAAGAUCACAAUGUCUUCAUUAAAAAGGGCGAUAAAGUCUCGACAGAGAUUACAUAAAGAGAGACAUCAGCCUGACUUUCGGAAACAUUUGGGAUAUUUGGAAAAGAAGAAGGACUACAAACAAAGGGCUAAUGAUUUCCAGAAGAAGGAAAAGGCAUAUAAAUUGAUGCGACAGAAGGUAUUGGACAAGAAUUCCGAAGAAUUUCACUUUCAUAUGAUUCGAUCGCAACUGAAAGAUGGUGUCCAUUACGAGAUGAGAGAUGACGACAAAGAGUUGACCGCAGAGGAGAAACAACUGAUGCAAACACAAGAUAUUAAUUAUAUUCAACAGAAACGUAUUAUUGAAUUGAAGAAAAUCGAGAAAUUAAGACAAAACUUGCAUUUAAUUGAUUGCGAAAAACCAUCAAAAAAUAAACACUAUUUCUUUGUCGACAACAAAAAAGAAAAGAAAAACUUUGAUUUUGCCAAACGUUUGAAUACAAGUGAAGAGUUGCUGAAAAUGGGUUAUAAUAUCUCCAAUUCGGACCAAUUAAUGGAUAAAAUUGAUGAAAAAGAUAUCAAAAAUAUUGCACACUUGAGAAACAAAUCGUACCAACAAUUGGAGAGACGAAUCGAAAGAUUAAAAUUUUUAGAUCUUUUAUAUCAAAAGAUGGACAUUAAGAAGAAAUUACUGAAUAAAAAAGAGGAAAAACCAAAAUCGGUUUCCAAGGGGUCGACCACUAAAGCGCCGCAAUUCAAGUGGAAAUCAGAGCGAAAACGAUAAUAUAUUAU